CGAAGAUUGUCGAGCAACGAAGCCAUAGACGCAGAUCCGGCGCCAUUCCCGCUUUUCGACGCGGAGGAUGGAGUCCACUCCUUUGACCCUGGUGCCUGCGGCACCGUCGAGGCGGCGUCGGCGGGAAGAGGGCGAAUCCCAUCGCAGGCGCCGCGCCAGCCGCAGCCGCGACCGCGACCGCGCCUCGCGGCGCGAGGUGCGCCACGCCGAGGCGCCGCCCAGCGACUGGCUGGGGCCGUCGGAGCCGGAGCGCGCUUCCUCCGCGGCCUUCGGGCGGAGCGAGUGGGCACCGUACGCGCCCCCGGGCCACAUGGCCUGGCCACCGCAGCGGCCCAUGUAUCGCCCUCCAGGUGGCUAUGGUCCGUGGGGUGUGCCACCACCGCGGGAGCCGGACUGGCGGCCGGCCAUGGGAGCUCCAGGCACUUGGACACCACCGGCGCCCAGCUGGACAGGCCCUCCGACGCAUUGGGUCGGCCCAAGCUAUGAGAAGGGCCCCUUCGAGGCGUCCACGCCAGCGGUAGAGAAUGGCCACAGUGCUUCCAGUGGUAUCGCAGGUGCUGCCCCGCUGGAUCUGGCCGGAACCCCCGGUGGAGCUGGCGCCGCCCCGGUGGAGGAACCGCUGCCACCGGCGCCCACGGCGUCCGAGCGCCUUCGGAAUGUGCGUUUGGUCUCCUCGGGUUUGAGCCAGACGAUGCUGGAGAAGCUUCACAGCUUGGGCAUUCGGCCGAAGACAGGCGGCGCCGAGAAGGGCCAGGCGAAGCCCGUGUGGAGCAGAUGGACGGUAGAGCAUCCGCUGAGCUCGCCCUGUGACGCCAGCGCCCGUGCCUGCGAGCUCGGGCUCGACGCCGAGCACGGCCUCGCCGCAGAGCACGGCCUCUCCCGCAGCGCGCUGCCGGCGCCCACGGGCAAGCGCCGGGCGACGGUGUGCACCUUGGGCUUGGCGCAGCAGGGCCUCUGGGAGCGCUUUCGGCAGCGCUGCGGCACGCCUCUACCGGCGGAGCCGGUGAGCUAUGCCUCGCAGCUGCGCAGCUCCAAGCUGGGGCACGUGGUGGUCUUGGCCCACGAGAAGUGAGGACGGAGCGUCCCGUCGGACGACCAGUCGGUUCAGGCGACACCUGCUUCACGAGCGGAGCGGGCGGGUGGAGAAGGACGGCAGAUGAAGCCCAAGCGAAGGGAAGUCUACGAGUUGAUUUCACAGACAUGCAACUCUGUUUGUCCUGCUUGAACAGCGGUUGAAAGAUAUUGAAAGGGCUGUCUGUCUUUCCA